AUGGGAUCGCAUGAGACCAAGAAGUUGUCCGAAGAGGAGAUAAUCGCUAAUAUAGUGCUGUUUCUGUUGGCCGGGUAUGAGACGACGGCAUCCCUGUUGUCCUUUUCGGCGUACAAUUUAGCGCUGAAUCCGGAAUCGCAGCGAAAACUUCGCGAUGAGCUCCGGGAGUGUCCGCACCUGGACUACGAGUCGGUCGCGAAGCUACCGUUCCUCGAGGCGGUCGUGUGCGAGACGUUACGCAUUCACAAUCCGGUUACGAGAGUGGAUAGGGAGGCCUUCGAGGACUAUGUGUUGGGGGAUACGGGUAUAACACUGACAAAGGGGUCAGUAGUUGCUAUACCUGUGCACGCCUUACACCACGACCCCCACUACUACCCCGAUCCUCACCGUUUCAUACCGGAGCGCUUUUUAGGGGAUAACCUGAAUAAGGUUAAGCCCUAUACUUACCUCCCAUUCGGUGGGGGCCCCAGGAACUGUAUUGGUAUGCGGUUUGCGUUGCUUGAAGCUAAGCUGGCACUGGCCCGGGUGCUAAUGGACUACGAGUUCAGCCCAUGUGCCAAAACUGAGGUACCGUUGCGUUUCGUGAACACCCGGCCCGGACUCCUACAGGCCGUCAGUAUUUGGGUGAAUGUCGAGCGAAGGAAUUGAAUUCAGGUUUUGGGUUUAAUUUUGUUUUUGAAAUAUUGUGCAAUAAAUGAC